AUGUCGCACUACUCGGACCCAACCUCGCUCAGCCAACAAGUCUACUACUACACCUCCACCCUCACCUACGCCUUCCUCGCCGCCUCCGCCAGCAUCCUGGCCCUCGCCCUCAUGCUGUACCCGACCGCCGUCCUGCGCUGGCUGCAGCGCAAGCGCUACCAGUACGAGGUCACCUUCUCGCUGUACAUGCUCACGCCCACCGAGAAGUUCAUCUUCAACUCCUUCGUCUUCCUCUUCGCCAGCAUGAUUGUCAUCGCCGCCUCGCUCUACCUCCCCGAGCACAUCUCCUUCCUCGCCAACCGCGCCGCCUACUACCUCGCCGGCGAGACCUCCGGCGCACCCGCCGACCAUUCCGCCCACACCAUCCUCCACACCUCCGUCGAAGCCGUCAAGGCCACCGCCAAGGCCGCCGCUGCCCGCGUGCAUGCCGCCGCCCAGCAACAGGACCGUGCCGUGCCCGCCAACGGCGCUGGCAUGAUGGAGCUGUGA